AUGGCUUCCGAAAAUUCUCACCAAUCUCAUUAUCCUCUUCACUUUGUUCUCUUCCCUUUCAUGGCUCAAGGCCACAUGAUUCCCAUGGUUGAUAUUGCAAGGCUCUUAGCUCAGCGCGGCGUGACCAUAACAAUUGUCACGACGCCUCAAAAUGCAAGGAGGUUCAAGAAUGUCUUCAGCCGUGCCAUCGACUCUGGCUUGCCCAUCAACCUAGUUCAUGUGAAGCUUCCAUAUCAAGAAGUUGGUUUGCCAGAAGGCCAAGAGAAUAUCGAUUCGCUUGACUCGAUGGAGCUGAUGGUACCUUUCUUUAAAGCGGUAAACAUGCUCGAAGAGCCGGUCUUGAAGCUCAUGGAAGAGAUAAAACCUAGACCAAGCUGUAUAAUUUCUGAUUUGUGUUUGCCUUAUACAAGCAAAAUCGCCAAGAAGUUCAAUAUACCAAAGAUUGUUUUCCAUGGCAUGGGUUGCUUUUGUCUUCUGUGUAUGCAUGUUCUACGCCGAAACAUCGAGAUCUUGCAGAAUUUAAAGUCCGACAAAGAGUAUUUCUUGGUUCCUAGUGUUCCUGAUAGAGUUGAAUUUACAAAGCCUCAAGUUCCCGUGAAAACAAAUGCAAGUGGAGAUUGGAAAGAGUUCUUGGACAAAAUGAAAGAAGCAGAAGACACAGCAUAUGGUGUGGUCGUCAACACAUUUCAGGAGUUGGAGCCAGCUUAUGUCAAAGACUACAAGGAAGCUAAGGCUGGUAAAGUAUGGUCCAUUGGACCCGUUUCCUUGUGCAACAAGUUAGGAGAAGACAAAGCAGAGAGGGGAAACAAGGGUGCCAUUAAUCAAGAAGAUUGCUUUAAAUGGCUUGACGCUAAAGAAGAAGGUUCAGUGCUAAAUGUUUGCCUUGGAAGUAUCUGCAAUCUUCCUCUAGCUCAGCUCAAGGAGCUCGGGCUAGGCCUCGAGGAAUCUCAGAGACCAUUCAUUUGGGUCAUAAGAGGUUGGGAAAAGUAUAAUGAGUUAAUUGAAUGGAUGUCGGAGAGCGGUUUUGAAGAAAGGGUCAAAGAGAGAGGGCUUCUCAUAAAAGGAUGGUCACCUCAAGUGCUUAUUCUUUCACACCCUUCUGCUGGAGGAUUCUUGACACACUGUGGAUGGAACUCGACUCUAGAAGGAAUCGCUUCGGGAGUUCCAUUGCUCACAUGGCCGUUGUUUGGAGACCAGUUCUGCAACCAGAAGCUGGUCGUGCAGAUUCUUAAAGUCGGUGUAAGAGCUGGGGUUGAAGAGGUUAUGAAAUGGGGAGAAGAGGAGAAAAUAGGAGUGUUGGUGGACAAAGAAGGAGUGAAGAAGGCAGUGGAAGAAUUGAUGGGUGAUAGUGAUGAUGCAAAAGAAAGAAGAAGAAGAGCCAAAGUGCUUGGAGAAUUAGCUCAUAAAGUUGUGGAGGAAGGAGGCUCUUCUCAUUCUAAUAUCACGUUCUUCCUACAAGACAUAAUGCAGCAAGUGAAAUCCAUUAACUGA